AUGAUAAAACCAUCCAUCAAUUAUUUGAGGAGCAAGCAAAAAGAACUCCUGAUAACAGUGAAAUAUAUAUUAGCAGAUACUAGUACUAAGCUGAUAUUAACUAAUGAAAUACAUAAACCAAGAUUAGAAGAAAUCAGUAAGCAACAAAAAGUACUAGCAGUAGAUUCUAGGAAGUUGCAAAAACAAUUAUUACUACAAUCAAUAAACAGUCCAAAUAUAGCAAUAAGGAGUACAGAUUUAGCCUAUGUAAUUUAUACUUCAGGAACAACUGGUAACCCUAAAGGUAUUAUGAUUGAGCAUAGAGGAGUGGUAAACUUAAAAUAUGAUAUGACUAGUAAGUAUCAGCUAAGAGAUACUAUAAAAAGAGAUGAAGUCAUUUUGUUAUUUGCUAAUUAUGUAUUUGAUGCUUCGGUAGAACAAAUAGUAAUAUCAUUAUUAAAUGUUACGCACAUACAUUCAACUCCCAAAUUUUUAGAGCAGUAUGACUUAAACAAAAUUGAAAGUUUAAGAAGAAUAGUUACUGGUGGUGAAGCUUUAACUGAUAAUUCUUAUAGUAAAAUUGUAUCAAAUAGUAGCUGUGAGAUAAUCAAUUCGUAUGGGCCUACAGAAGUUUCAAUAACCUCUAUAAUUAAUAUUAUUAGAAAUAACAACAUAGCAAUUGGAAAACCGAUUGCUAACAUAAAAUGUUACGUAUUAGAUAAUAACUUAAUGCCAUUACCGAUAGGAGGGAUAGGAGAAUUAUAUAUAGGAGGAGUAGGACUCGCUAGAGGAUAUUUAAAUAGACCAGACCUUACUGCAGAAAAAUUUAUUGCUAACCCAUUUCAAACAGAAGAAGAGAAAAUUUAUAAUAAGAAUACCCGUCUAUAUAAAACAGGAGAUUUAGUACGUUGGUUACCUGAUGGCAAUUUAGAAUAUAUAGGACGUAAUGAUUUUCAA